UUAUCAAUAAUCAUCAUCAUCAUGUUGAUUUCCAAUUGGAAUCUGAGUGAAUUAUUUCCCAUGAUAUUUUAUCACAAGCUGAUUGAUGAAUAAUCAAUGAUAAUGGUAAACUUUGAUUCUAAUUGUUAUGUUAAGUUAAUCUUUCUAAUUGUAAUCUGUUUUCCUGUGGUAAUUAAAUCAGAAAGUGAUCCAGAUGAAUUUGUCCCUCAUUUAGUUUACAUUAAAUCUCAUGGUUACAUCGGUGAAUCUCAUUACAUCAUAACGGAAGAUAAUUAUAUUGUCCAAGCAUUUCGGAUAAUCUCACCUCGAUAUCUUCAUGUACCUCGAAAAGUGGUUCUCAUUCAACAUGGCCUUUUAUUGUCCAGCAUGCUUUUCAUCAUUAACUCACCGGGCGGAGGUCAAUAUUUCCAUGACCCGAUAGAGUAUCAUGAUCCGAUUCACCAUUCAUCGAGACGAUAUGAACCAGGUAACAAUUUGGGCUUCUUAUUAGCCGAUCACGGGUAUGAAGUUUGGCUUCCAAAUUCAAGAGGAAACACUUAUUCAACUAAUCAUACAACUUUGAAUCCGUUUAAAGAUAAAAAGUAUUGGGAAUUCUCGUACGAUGAAAUGGCCUUAUUUGAUCUACCAGCGGUAAUCAAUCAUAUUCAACGGGUAACAGGGCAAUCGGAGAUCGCUUAUAUUGGCCAUUCUCAGGGGACAACGAUCGCUUUCAUAUUGGUCUCUGAAAGGCCACAAUAUGCUUCGAUUCUCAAGCCGUUGAUCAUGUUGGCACCGAUUAUCAAUAUAACCACGACCAAAGAUGGACUUCGACACGUUCUUUCCGAUCAAGAAUUGAUUCAAGAUCUAAAUAACGUGGGUGGACCUUUUCUUCCUCAUUCAUCGCUUUUGGAACUUUUCCCUGAAGUUGUUUGCUCAACGAAACUUCAUUAUAUUUGCGAAAAUGCUCUACAAUUAAUGGGUGGACUUAACGUUGCCCAAUUGAACACAACUCGACUUCCCGUUUACUUUUCCUAUUUUCCGGCUGGUACAUCGGCUCAGAACAUUAAACACUAUUAUCAAAUGUUAACUGAUCGAACACGUUACUUUGACUAUGGACCUGAAAAGAAUAAGGUCAAAUACGGUCAAUCAGUUCCACCCGAUUUCCAUUUUGAUAGGAUGGACACUAGUAACUUGGUCAUGUUCUGGGGAGAAAAUGAUCUUUUCUGUGGAGCGGAGGAAAUGGACGCAGUUCGUAAGACACUUAAACAUCGUCCAAUGGCCGAAUAUCGUUUACCUGAUCCUUUAUGGUCUCACAUGGAUUUCACCUUCGCUCGACAAGUAGGUCGAUUUGUUAAUGGACCAAUUUUGAACAUAUUGAAACGAUAUCCAAUCCGUUGGAUUCCAGGUCGUGGUCCUAGACCUCAUCAUCGAUAGAUAAUUAAAACUCUAUUAAAAACACUUUAACCAUAUUCUUGUUAA